UCACUACAUCAUCAUUACGCUUCGAAUGGACACACAGGGAAGAUCCACGUAACGUGAAUGGAGGUGCAUGGUCUUUUCGUGUCAAUAAGAAACAAACGGCAGAAGUAUGGCGGGAAUUAUUGAUGCUUUUGAUUGGAGAACAAUUCGAAGAAUUUGUCAGCGUUGAUGAUGAUAUUUUCGGAUUGACCGUCUCGUCACGAUACAAUUCCGAUAUUUUUACAAUUUGGAAUAAAAAUGCCAAUGUUCAUGAAGAAUCCAAUGUUUUAGGUCAAUUGUCCAUGAUUCUAAAGCCAAUAGAGUUGCAACUUCCUUAUUAUAAAGCACAUCGAGAACAUGCAGCGUUCAAGAAAACGAAUUCUUCAAGAAAUGGCAAAUAA